GGGAAGUGGGGAAAUACGCCCCUAUGUUAUGUCUGUCAGGCAAACGUCAAAUCUUUACUGGGUUCUCUCGGUCAGGCAAACAUUACAUCUGACUCCCCCGGCCUCCAGGAGCCAGUAUUCACCCCUGGGUUAUGAUUUAAUCUAGUUUAUCAGCUUGGUUGUAGAAUGAUGAUCAGUCCACAGGCAGCCCACCUGGGAGACUAACCCGAGGGGUUCACUGAGAGGCUUCAUGAUGCUGAGGUCGGGUCCGAGCUGCUGAGGGAGGAAGACGUCGCCCCGACACUCAACAACAAGCAGCCUCUUCUCUGAAUGGUGUCCCUGCUAAAUGACUGAGAUCCUGGGUCCUGCUGCUCAGGCUGUCCUCCAUCCAUUCGUCCAUUCAGCAGCCACAGCUGAGGACACAUCUACCGUACAAAGGGCUCUGUCUUCUCUAAUAUACAGGAAUCCAGAGGGUGAUGCUGAAUCGGACCAAUUAGACCCUCGGGGUAUGAACCUAUGGAGCUGUAGAGACUGACGGAUCACGUGGACAGUGAUAACAUAACCAAUGAAUGAAGGAGCUGGUAUUUACUACUCGUCUGGGUAUUCAGAGCCUGCCAGAAAUCCAGUUUGCCCCACAGGGAGAACUGUGCCGUUAACUUAUCCACCUUAAGACCUCUAAGCCACAUGCAGCCACCACCUCUGGGUGUUAGCGCCACGGUAAAGGCACGAUAGAUCAACUCUGAAAAAAGGUGUGGACAGAUCUGUGCUCGGGAGAAUUUCCCUGCACCCAUUCAGUACAUAAAGCUCCCAGCUGCUGGAAACCCUGCCACAAUGACUACAGAAUGGGGAGAGAAGUCCACAGCGGACCUCAUGACUAGGUAUGUCUCCAAAGAAACGGGAUAUGGCGUGCCCAAGGAGGGCUGGCGGAUCUGUCUGGCACACGAGUUCAAGGAAAAGAGGAAGCCCCUACAAGCAAAAGACGUGUCGCUGUCCAACAUCUGGGAUCACGUCGGCCUCGGAGUCAGGACUCCAGUCUCCCAGUGGCCGUGUUUGUGUGGGACAUAGAGAACAAGAAUGACUAUGAUCUGGACGUCUCCAUCAUGUUUACUAUGGUCAACGGAUCCGGGCACAAGAAUGACAAGAGCGGAGGACACUGGAAUGAACCAUUCCAGGUGGAGAAGGAGGGGGAGACGGUGUCCGGGGUCUUGUUGCAUCACCGCACCCCCGUGAACCCGUACACGCUGUGCAUUGCAGCCCGAGAGCAGCCGGACAGGGAGGUCAGUCACCAGACAGCGUUCAGUCCGAAGGGAACCUGCAGCGCUCUGUGGAGUGACCUCAUCACUGAUGGACGACUGGACUCGCCCACAGGUUCCAGCCCACCGACCGCUAAGGGAGAGACGGUGGCAGCAGCGUUGGCUGUGGGCUGCUCAGUGCCGGCUCAGGGCCACAACACCCUGGAGCUCUGUCUGGCCUGGGACAUGCCCAAUAUCACCUUUGGCUCUAGAGAGAGGGAACAUGUGAGGAGGUACACUCGUUUCUUCGGGACCAAAGGGGAUGCGUCCCCGUCUCUCAGCCACUACGCGCUGACACAUUACAAACAGUGGGAGAGGAGUAUCGAGGAGUGGCAGACACCCAUCCUGCAGGACAGUUCUCUACCCCCCUGGUAUAAAUCCGCCCUGUUUAACGAGUUGUACUUUGUGGCGGACGGGGGGUCGGUGUGGACGGAACUAGCAGAGGACGCUGACGUCAGCGGCGGCAUCCGCAGCGAGGACGGGGGGCUUCCAGCUCAGCCGGCUGUGGUCAAAGAGUACGGCCGCUUUGCCUACCUGGAAGGUCAGGAGUACAGAAUGUACAACACAUACGAUGUGCACUUCUACGCCUCUUUUGCACUGAUCAUGCUGUGGCCCAAACUUGCCUUGAGUUUGCAAUACGAUAUUGCCGGCAGUGUGGUUCAGCCGGAUCCAACGGUGAGGCUCCACCUGAUGAACGGGCUGUGUUCUCCUGUCAAGGUCAAAAAUGUGGUGCCUCAUGACAUCGGUGACCCAGACGAUGAGCCUUGGCAGCGGGUGAACGCCUACCUCAUUCACGACACGUCCGACUGGAAGGACCUGAACCUGAAGUUUGUCCUGCAGGUCUACCGGGACUUUCAUCUCACCCAGGACAGACAGUACCUCCAGGACAUGUGGCCCAUCUGCAAGGCGGUGAUGGAGUCGGAGAUGAAGUUUGACCUGGAUGGAGAUGGACUAAUAGAAAACUCUGGCUACGCCGACCAGACCUAUGAUGGCUGGCCCGUGACUGGACCAAGUGCGUACUGUGGUGGGCUGUGGUUAGCGUCCCUGUGUGUGAUGUGUAAGAUGGCCACACUGGUGGACAGCGAGGACACACACCAACAUUACAGAGACAUCUUGGAAAGAGGCAGUGCUGCUUUUGACAAACUGCUGUGGAACGGAAAGUACUACAACUAUGACAGCAGUGGGAGAAACCUUUCCAACAGUGUCAUGUCUGACCAGUGUGCUGGCCACUGGUUUCUUAGAGCAUCUGGGCUGGGGGAGGGAGACUUCCAGGCUUUUCCAAAAGAAAAAAUCCAGCGUGCACUAAAAUCUGUCUUUGACUUGAAUGUGAUGAGCUUUGCUGGAGGCCAGAUGGGGGCAGUGAACGGCAUGCGUCCUGAGGGAGUGCCCGACCGCUCCAGUGUCCAGUCAGAUGAGGUCUGGACUGGAGUCGUGUACGGACUGGCAGCCACUAUGAUCCAUGAGGGCAUGCGGGAUGAAGGGCUGCGCACGGCAGAGGGCUGCUACCGCACCGUGUGGGAGAGACUGGGCAUGGCCUUCCAGACUCCUGAGGCCUACUGCGAGAAGGGCAUCUACCGCUCACUGGCUUACAUGAGGCCUCUGAGCAUUUGGGCUAUGCAGCUGGCCCUAGACACGUCACAGAAGAUUCUGACCACAUCGGCUCAAACUGGAAACACGGACGGGAGCAGGGACACAACUUGAGGAAAAAGCUUGAGCCAUUAGAGUGUUGUGAUUCGUGAGGGACGUCCGGUUCCUUAGAAAAUGACCUUUAAACACUCCCGCAGCAGUCUGCACUCCCUCACUGUCGAGCUCUGCUACACUGGUUACACACCUGGAAUUUUAUCCUCUACUGCUUCAGAUGUUUUGUCGUUUACGGCCUGAGGUCAAUAAACAUUAUUUUUGCGGUGUAUGGUUUAUGUGCAACAAAGUCGACAACCACUGUAGAUGAUCAUGAAUUAGGUUCAACAUUUUCCAAGAGCCUGAGGAGUGCAGAUUUGAGUUUUUUUUUUCAGGAACUGUCAAUCAUAGCCAGUAUGUGUUGCUAAUUAUAAAUAACAUAAUAACAAUUACCAGCAACAUACACUACUACAUUUAACAAUAUACAAUCAUAAUAAUGAUAAAGACCUGAAACAGGUUUAUAUGCUAAAUGUUUGAGGACUGUUGUGAUUCCAGCCACAUGUAGGUAUUAAUUUAUUGGAAUGACAUCAGACUGCCUUUAUAACUGGAUCAGAUGUGUAGACAGUUGAAAAAAGUCAUUGUGAAAGUUUUUAAUUUCCUCCAGUUAAAUUUGAAUGCUGUAAUAAAUAUUGUAAUAUUCGACGAGUAGUGCUGGAAAUUAAGUCUGAAAAAAGAAAUAUAUUUUUCCUUUUUAAAAUAACAUUGGGUGACUCUUUGCAUGUUGAGCUAGAUCUACAUAUAUGAAUGUAUCUGCAACAUUAAUGUUUUAUAAGAACUAAGUCCCAUGACAAUCAUGCUGAAUAAAUGACUGAGAAAUACAA